CACUGACGUCUUUCGGACCGUUCAAAGAGAUCAGUGGUCGUCAAGAGGCAACAAGGAUGAAGAUCUCGUAUCUCGACCACUUUGCAUUCUAAUCGAAGCAAAUCUCCACAAGGAAGCCCAAACAGCAGCAAAAGCAACCAUGAGAAUACCCACGUCGCCUGGUCGACUGUGGUUCGUGGCAGUGCUCUUGACCAUCUUGGCUUCCCACGCGAGUGGAUUUGUAUCGCACCAUCGUGGAGCUUUAAAGGGCUCUCGUCAUGCCUCCUCGGUAAAUCCAAGGCCCUUCAGCACGGAGCUAUACUCUGAAGCUAACAACGGGGGAGGCAAGAAGGCAAAGAAAUCCAUCAAGGCAACUACCAAGAAGAAGAAAAUAAAGAAGAAGAAGCUUAAGAAGCGAGCGGCGGAUGUGGUUGUAGCGGCCCAAAGUACUAGAACGACAACCAAGGUCGCUUCUGCGCCACCACCACAGCCUGUCCCAGAACCACCUGUAUCGCCCAUACAGGAACAAAUUCAAGCUCGGAAUCUGGUUCGAGCCCCUGCUGAUUACGAACCUGUCACAUCUCACAAAUCUCGUCCUGGCAUUGACGUGUCGCUCUUGGGUGAUUUGACGGGAGGUCGACCCGGAGCCAUUAUUGAAACGGAAGAGCAAUUGGAGCGGAAACAGGAAAUUUUUGAGGAACUCGACACGGGAGUCCGUCAAUACAAUGCCGAGACCAUGAGUCAGUACGGGACACCCCAAGAAUUUCUAGGCGGGGCGUUUGACGAAGAUGAUCCCACCGCCAUUGACAUGGCUACGUUGGGGACUUGGACCAUUCGCGACCUUCAGGCCAAAUUCGAAUACGAAUGGGACCCCGAACAAGGAGAUCCCGAUCCCAAUCAUUUGGAAAUGCUGCAACCCGGAGUCAAGUACAAGGAAACCGUGGAAGUCGACGACGACGGCGUCGAACUAGGCUUUAAUCCUCUCUACGGACCCUCCAGUGCCCUAGACACCCGUACCAUUCUGGGAGCUCAAGAAUCAUACAUGAUCAAUGACAAAACCAAAGACGACAGCAUGCUUCCACCGCAAUUCCCAGAGGGAGAUUUGGAAAUUGACUACAAUCAGGAAGUUGUCAAUUUCCGCAAAUCACUCGAUAUCAUUGAAACCUACACGGACGAAUUCUUGCCUCCCGAAAUGCCCAUUCCGCGUCAUGUCGCCAAAUGGCAUGGAUACCCUGAACCCAUGUCCUAUCCGCAUCAAACGAAACGACAAAAUCCCUUUGUCGAUCCAGAAACGGCCACGGACUUUUCCGUAUUGACGCCGUACCAAGCCCGUCGCAAGGCGGUGGAAUUGGCACGAGCCCAAAAUUCCGAUUGGUUGCCCAAUGGCAAAAGUCAAGCAUGGCAUGCGUCCAAGCGGGAACCCUACGAAAAAAUUGGCACGUUGGUGGGAACAUUGCGCAAGGCCGAUGACAUUGAUGAAACACUGGUCAAGGCCAUUCAACCCGUCUUGGACGUGCUCGGAAGUUGCGUCGAAUUGUUGAGUAUUGAAGGAGAAGAUCAAACGGUAUUUCGUUUCUGGUAUCAUGGAUUGAUGAAAAAUCGACAUGGGAUUGCGGCAUGGACGGAAACCAUGAUUCGAGAAGAUUGCAAUGUGGAUGUGACUGGUGUCAUCUUUGAAACGGGGUUCCGAAGACGAGAUUUCGCGUACGAAGGAGGGGAUCAUUGGUAUCCACCAAAGACGUAAGAAUCGAAUCACACACAAAGACAGAAGACAGAAUGUGUGCAUGCAUGCAUGAGAAGAUGAUGUUGUCUGUUUGUUGUGCGCUUGAAUUAGAGAGACUGGUUUGCUUCCAGGUAGAGCAGUUUAGUUGACAACAAUCGUUCAAACAUGGUUGUACCUGAACUCAACUGUUAGUGACGCUGUCUAGUUGAGAGCCAAUAGUUUUCCAUGGCAAAUGUACACGUUCUCGCCAAACUAAACAAUUUUAAAAUUGUAGAGGCUAGCUAGCUAGACAAGGCACACGGGGGUGAAACUUCUGGAAAGUCUUCAGGGCAGCCUGGACCCUGUAGUACCACAGCAGCCUGAUGGCAACUCGGCUUUAGUGACGAAUUGACUUCCAGCUAGCAAGUUGCUGCAACAAUAGA